AGUGCUUCCGUUAAUAGACAUAAACAGAAACAGCAUGGAGGAGAGAGAGGACAAGGAACCCGCUUCUGGCAUCUUAAAAACAUCUAAAAAGGGUGCAAAAAAGUCAAAAGCUUUGAGCGCUGAGGAGGAAGCAAGAAGGAGGGAGGCCAUAAAAGAAGCUCUGCGUGAGAAGCUUGAACUUGAAAAAAGGGCUCUGCAGAUCGUAGAGCGCCUCCUGGAGGAGAGUGUGACUGAAGACUUUCUUACAGAUUGUGCACGGUUCAUUACUCCUGCCAAUUAUAAAGACACAACAGAGGAGAGGUCCAUUGCCAAACUGUGCGGCUAUCCCGUUUGUCCGAAUAAACUCGGAAAGAUCCCAACUCAACAGUACAGAAUCUCCACCAAGACCAAUAAGGUGUAUGACAUCACAGAACGCAAAUUGUAUUGCAGUAAUUUCUGCUAUAAAGCGUCUAAGCAGUUUGAGGUGCAAAUUUCAAAGACGCCCUUUUGGCUGCGGAAACAUGAGAGCCCAUCCAAAAUAACGUUAAUGAAGAAAGGAGACACUGGGAGCUCUGGUGAAGAAGUCAAACUUUCGGAGAGACCUUUGCAAGAAGACGACAUCGAAAACCCAGUCUCCACCCAAACAGAACCUCUCAAAUCCAGUUCAAAACCUGAAGAAUCUGAAUCUGGAGAUAGUGAAAAUGAGCUGGACUUUGUCUCAAGUGUGGUCUCCAAGAAAACUGGUCCCAAGGUGCACUGGGGUGAUCUGCCUAAACGCAAUGAUGAAAGUAUGCAAAGUACAGUGGCCUGUGAGGAGAAAUUUAAAGAAAAUGGUAAACGGGAAAUAAAUGGCAAUGAGGUGACACUGGACGAAGCUACAAAGCAGUUAAAUUUGUGUAGCUUGCCUGAGAAUAAUUCCGAAUCCCAAAUCAAUUCUAAGGAGGAAAAUUCCAACAUCGAAAGCAAGGAAGAAAACAUUCCAACCCAAAAUAGCGACAAUACAAAAUUAAAUAUAACUCAAGUUGGGAUGAGUAAAAAAGGAGCAGACGCUUUAAGAAAUUUGCUCAAACAACACGAAACAAAACCUGAUUCGAUUCGUCAAAACCUUUUAGAAUACUUGAUGAAAACACUUAAAGAAUGGGGGACGGAUGAGACACUGGAAUUUCUGUACGGAUCCGAGCGUUCAGUGGGAAUGUCAUUCGGAAAAGUGGAAGAGGAAGGGAAGGAGGAAGAGGAGCUGGAUGAGGAUGAUAUCGAUGAUGAAGAGGAGGCGGAGCUAAACGCAACAGGGGUAACCACGGUAACCGCAGCAGCUCCGGACUAUGAAGAGCUGAAGAGGGAGGCGGAGCAGAUGAAGCUGAAAGUGAAGGAGUUUUAUAAAGGCACCUGGCUGCAUGAAGAAGAUGAGCAGAGAAAGCUGGAGUCCACUGAGCCUGUUAAAGAGCCCAUACUCCCCCUGGUGGACUCUAAAGCGCAGCACGUCAUUCAGAAGAAGAUCACUGUAGAGAAACUCAGCGCCAGCCUUAAGAACAUUGUUGGUCCUCUUGGUCUCACGAUGAGCAUCAUCUCCACAGACCUCAACAACCUGGUCCGAACUUUCAGGUUCACCAACAGAAACAUCGUUCACAAGAGCCCAGAGUGGAGCCUCAUCGCCGUGGUGCUGCUCCAUCUGUUAUCUGAAGUGUCCCCGGUGGUUCGUAGGGCGUUGGAGCAGCCGUCCUCGGUGCAGUAUCUGAGCACUUUGAUGGAGGAGCUGGGCCUGAGCGAGGAGGACCUUCUUAGACUAGUGCUCCUGUUCAAACCACACACACAGUUAGACCCUGGAUCACAGUCCUGACUCUGCUUUUCAAAUGUUUAAUAGACAAUAUGAGAACUGAUUUUGGUUACAAUAAAAUCAGCUGCAUUCUUUUA